GCUAGCAAAUAGCUUAGCAUUAGCUCAUUAUAAUCAGUACAACCUUCAAAAAAGUAUUUUACACACAUCAUAGGUGUCCAUUACAAUAUAUGCAAUAAUCGGAAUGCAUUAUUUGUUACUAGUACUUGAAAACGUGAAUAAGACUGUAAAUACAUUAUGCUUCAUACAUACAUACUUCAUGCUACAGUAGAAACGACAACACGAUAUACAGAUAGGCUGAAAAAUUGCAAAAUAACUUUGGGUGAGCUGGAACACUAGCUCGAGCCCAGAGCAAAUGACUGGAAUCGAACGUUCGCCGAACCUCUUCGGACUGGAGUGACGCUUAGAAUUCAAUUUCGCCUAAAUGCGCCUCGGUCAAAGCAGAUAUGGAAGUCAAGCUGAAAGCACUUGAGUGUCACUUCACAUGGGGCAUAAAGAAGGCUGACAUUAAGGAACUGGACAGCAUCCCUGAAAAACUCCUGGAUCGAAUCAUGAGGUUUACCACGCCGAAAUACCAUGCCACAUAUUUCAACUUACUAGCGUUCCUGAGCCACCUGGAGGAAAAUAAUGUUAGUGCUCUUGAGUAUCUCCACAAGGCUGAGAGUGCAUUGAAGGACAGACAGGAUGAUACAGAGUUACUGGUGACCUAUGCUAACUUUGCAUGGGUUCACUAUCACUCAGGAAACCUUGAUGAUGUGGAUGCCUACAUUGGAAAGCUGGAAAUCAUCUAUAAGGGAAUUCCAAGUGCCUUAAAUAUUCAAGGCAGCUUACCUUCCGUACAUGGUGAGAAAGGUUGGAGUCUUCUCAGGUUUGGGGGAUUAUUUUAUAAGAGGGUAAAAGAGAGCUUCCAGAAAGCUCUUGAGGGGGAACCAGACAAUGCUUCUUUCAAUAUGGGCUAUGCCCUGGUCCUGUACAGGUUGGAGGGCAUGGUCAAGAAUAAGAUAGUGAGUUCAUUGAUGACUGCAGCUGCCAACCAGCUAAGGAAGGCCUUAUCCUUGGAGCCUGAUAACUCUGAACUUAUGGUCCUCCUAGCUCUGAAGCUUCAAAAAAAUCAAGAAAACAAACUUGAAUCCAUGAAACUCAUCAAAGAGGCUCUCAGGCUCUCUCCUGACGUGCCUCAUGUCCUGCGUUAUGUGGCCAAAUAUUUCAAAAAUGAGGGCUCCAUCAAUGAGUCCCUACAGGUUUUGGGGAAAGCUCUGGAACUGUCUCCAAACUCCCACUUCCUCCAUCACCAAAUCGGCCUGUGUCACAAACAGCAGCUCAUCCAGAUGUUCGAGCAGAAGAGGAAAGGGGGAGAGGUGAAAGCGAAGGUGGAGGUCUGCAUCUGUCACUUCUCCAGAGCCGUGGAGCUGAAGCCCUCCAACAUCCAUGCCAGGGUGAACCUGGCUGAGGCCUACGGGAACAACUACCAGCUGGAAGAGGCGAUGAAGAUCUUCACUGUCCUUUUAGAGGACAUGUCCCUCAGUGACUCAGACAAGCAGCACUGCUACACCGCCUUCGGCCUGUUUCUUUUCUACAAGAAGAGAGACGAGGAUGGCGCUGUGACACAGUUCAAAAAGGCCUACCAGAUUCCGAUUGAGAGUUGGGAGAGGAAGGAGGCUGGGAAGAGGCUGAAGCAGAUAGCAGAGAGGUGGCAGGAUAACAAGAAGCGAGUGGGUGUGUCCCCUGAGAUUUUGAUGACUGCAGGUGCCAAGCAGCUAAGGAAGGCCUUAUCCUUGGAGCCUGACAACUCUGAACUUAUGGUCCUCCUAGCUCUGAAACUUCAAAAAAAUCAAGAAAACAAAAUUGAGUCCUUGAAACUCACCAAAGAGGCCCUCAGGCUGUCACCUGACGUGCCUCAUGUACUGCGUUAUGUGGCCAAAUAUUUCAAAAAUGAGGGCUCCAUCAAUGAGUGCCUACAGGUUUUGGGGAAAGCUCUGGAACUGUCUCCAAACUCCCACUUCCUCCAUCACCAAAUCGGCCUGUGUCACAAACAGCAGCUCAUCCAGAUGUUCGAGCAGAAGAGGAAAGGGGGAGAGGUGAAAGUGGGCCAGAUAAAAGCAAAAGUGUUGGUCUGUAUCCGUCACUUCUCCAGAGCCGUGGAUCUGAAGCCCUCCAACAUCCACGCCAGGGUGAACCUGGCAGAGGCCUAUGGGAACAACUACCAGCUGGAAGAGGCGAUGAAGAUAUUCACUGUCCUUUUAGAGGACAAGUCCCUCAGUGACUCAGACAAGCAGCACUGCUACACCACCUUCGGCCUGUUUCUUUUCUACAAGAAGAGAGAUGAGGAUGGCGCUGUGACACAGUUCAAAAAGGCCUACCAGAUUCCGAUUGAGAGUUGGGAGAGGAAGGAGGCUGGGAAGAGGCUGAAGCAGAUAGCAGAGAGGUGGCAGGAUAACAAGAAGCGAGUGGGUGUGUCCUCUGAGAUUUUGAUGACUGCAGAUGCCAACCAGCUAAGGAAGGCCUUAUCCUUGGAGCCUGACAACUCUGAACUUAUGGUCCUCCUAGCUCUGAAACUUCAAAAAAAUCAAGAAAACAAAAUUGAGUCCUUGAAACUCACCAAAGAGGCCCUCAGGCUGUCACCUGACGUGCCUCAUGUACUGCGUUAUGUGGCCAAAUAUUUCAAAAAUGAGGGCUCCAUCAAUGAGUGCCUACAGGUUUUGGGGAAAGCUCUGGAACUGUCUCCAAACUCCCACUUCCUCCAUCACCAAAUCGGCCUGUGUCACAAACAGCAGCUCAUCCAGAUGUUCGAGCAGAAGAGGAAAGGGGGACAGAUAAAAGCGAAGGUGGAGGUCUGCAUCUGUCACUUCUCCAGAGCCGUGGAGCUGAAGCCCUCCAACAUCCAUGCCAGGGUGAACCUGGCUGAGGCCUACGGGAACAACUACCAGCUGGAAGAGGCGAUGAAGAUCUUCAUCAACCUAGUGAAAGAUGAAUCCCUCAAUGACUCUGACAAGCAGCACUGCUACACCAGCUUCGGCCUGUUUCUGUUCCACAAGAAGAAAGAUGAGGGCAGGGCUGUGACACAAUUCAAAAAGGCCUACCAGAUACAGAAUGAGAGUUGGGACAGGAAGGAGGCUGGGAAGAAGCUUAAGCAGAUAGCAGAGAGGUGCCAGACUAACAAGAGGAGAGUUGGCGAGGCCUCUGAGAUUUUGGCGUUCCUCGCCACUGAAGACAAAGAGGAGCCAAGGAGAGUCAAUGUGCACUCUCCAGACACAGAUGACCUUACAGAUGCCCUAGGCAAAGGAAUGAAACUCAAAUGAUAUAUUUUAUUGUAACACAACGCAUGGCUUACAUAAGAAUACUGCUACAAGCAUUUUAAUGGUUUUAAUCGUGGAGUAACAUUUACUUCAAGUUGCAUGUAUGCUUCUUAAGUUUGAUUUAGUGUAAGAAAUUGCAAAGAAAAUUUGAGUAAGAUUCUAUUACUUUUGUGAGAUUUUUUUUUAAUGUCUUUGGAUGUGUCCCCUAUAGCGUAGAUGAUUAGAUAUCUUCAUUGACUGUUAAACUGUUGCUUGACCUGACAUUAACAUUCUGAAGAGGUAAUAAAACACAGUACCAAAGUCUU